AUGUCAUAUUUUCGUUACCAACAGCAAUCAAGUAUUAAAACGGAAAACUCUCAUGUUGUGGAUUACCAAAUUAUAAACAAAGAUGAUCUAUUUGAAAAGAUCGAUAUGCACAUAUCAACAACACCAAUAACUGAAACGGGAGAGCAAUACUCAUUAACUAACGAUACGAAUUGGAUUAGUUCAAAAGCAAAAAGGGCUCGUACAGCAUUCACUUGCUUUCAACUGCUUGAAUUAGAAAAAGAAUACAAACACAAUGAAUAUUUAAAUCGACCACGUCGUAUUGAAAUUUCUCAACGUCUUUCACUCUGUGAACAGCAAGUAAAAGUUUGGUUUCAAAAUCGUCGUAUGAAAAAAAUUAAUUAUUCAAAUCGUGAAUUAGAUACAUUUGAUACAGAUACAGAUGAUGAACACAAACAACUUGUACAGCGUCUCCUUUCAUAUUCACGGCCAUCCUCAUCAUCAGUUUCUAAUUCAAGAGAUAAUUUAUGCAAACAAGUUAAACAAACAACUGAUACUAAAUAUAUUUUGCAAAAACCUAUGAAUGAAAUUUCUAAACAUGUUCCUAAUAAUACAAGAAAAAAUCCAAAAGACUACAAUGAAAUACCUAAAAAAUAUAUAAAUGUCGAAAAAGAAAAUUAUGACAUUCCAACAACAAUUCAAGAAGCUGAAAUUACAAAUUGUUUAAUGAACGAACUAGAAUCUAUAAAUUCAUCGCAACAACAAUGUGGCCUUAGAUUUGCCAAGCAGCCUUCUAUGAAUAUAUCCUGGGGUCGCAACAAUUAA